ACUGAGCUACGUUUCAUCCCAUUCACUUAGCACUUCUUGUCUUUACUCUUCAACACCUGUGUACUGUGAUCAAUUAUCACUGCACCGUCUGAUGUCGCCCAGAAGAGGAUGUGUUCCCUUUUGUUUCUGGUUCCUCUUAAGGUUUCUUCCUCAUGGAGAUCCCCCGUCCCCCUCACUGUCACCUCUGGCUUGCUCAUUGCAGAUCUAAACCUACAUCCAGAUUCCUGUGAACCUGCUUUGUUGGGAUGUAAUAAACACAAUCUGGCAACCCUGCUUUCCAAGCCCUGCGGAUUGCGGGCGGAGACGUGAGGAGGGAGUGGAGAAGAGAGGAGCGGAGCGAACACGCCGUAGUGCUGUUAUUUUUAAUCCGCUUGCUUUCUGUUUGGAUCCGUGUUGAUGCUGCGGUUCCGGGGAAGCCGCUGGCGCUGCCAGGAGAACAGUCCGGACUGAAACGACAAACAUCUCACCAUCAGGUUUAAUUGUUGGUGUUUUCCGAUGGCGCAGAUAAAGAGGAUGUGGGAAACACCGCCGAGGCGUUCGGGAGCGACUGAGCGGUUUUUGUCCCCAGGUGGAGCAAACCUUACAGCUGUGCUUCUGAACGUGUGGAGUGCUGGACAGAGAAGGGUAAACAAAAGGGCCGCCAUGCUGCCGGGGUCAAAUUGUAACGCGAUUUGAAGGCAACGCAAUGGCUGAGAAUGAGACUAAUCUGAGGACGGCCAGGAUAUGGCGAGACGCAGCAUUACGCUCCAGGAAACUGAGGAGCAACCUGCGCCAGCUCACUCUGAGCACCAAUAACAACCAGAAAAUCAUCUUCCCCGACGACAUCAAGGAGAUCGAAGUCCUCAACCUGGGCAAUAAUUCUCUCCAAGAGCUUCCUGAGGGUCUGGGAUCCACUCUGACCAAGCUUCGCAUCCUCAUCCUGCGCAGGAACAAGUUCACCCAUGUGCCCUCUCCAAUAUUCCAGCUGAGUCACUUGACUGAGCUGGAUCUUAGUCACAACUGCCUCAGCCAUCUCUCGGAGGACAUCGAGCAUUUGAAGAGGCUGAAAAAGCUCGGUGUGAGCCACAACAAGAUCCGGUACCUGCCGUCCCAAAUAGGGACGUUGCAGGCCCUGGAGGAGGUCGACGUGAGCUUCAACGAGCUCCGUGAUUUCCCCAGGUCCUUCACGCAGCUCAAGAAGCUCAGGACGCUGGACGUUGACCAUAACAAGCUCGAAAAUUUCCCACCGGAGCUUCUCGCCCUCGGCGAUCUGGAGGAACUCGAUUGCUCAGGGAAUAAACUAGAGGGCCUGCCAGGCAAUAUCACGAUGCUGCAGUCUCUCAAAAUUUUGUGGCUCAGCUCCACGCGUAUCUCGUGUUUACCUGAGACCUUCUGCGAUCUGCAGAACCUGGAAAGCUUGAUGCUCGAUAACAAUUCCCUUGCGGCGCUGCCACGGUCGUUCGGAAAAAUGCAAACGCUGAAAAUGCUCAAUCUGUCGUCCAACUCCUUUGAAGAUUUUCCUCAGGUCAUUCUCACAAUCGCUAGUUUGGAGGAGCUGUAUUUGAGUAGAAAUCGGUUGUCUUUCCUCCCACACGAAGUGGGCCGGCUGUCUAAUCUCGCCAAUUUGUGGUUGGACAACAAUAGAAUAACGUUUCUCCCAGACUCCAUAGUGGAGCUGGAAAAACUGGAGGAGCUGGUUUUACAGGGCAACCAAAUUGCCAUCCUGCCAGACAAUUUCGGAAAGCUCGCCAAAGUUAACAUUUGGAAAGUCAAGGACAAUCCUCUCAUACAACCUCCGUAUGAGGUGUGCAUGAAGGGCAUCCCGUAUAUCGCUGCCUAUCAGAAGGAGCUCGCCCACGCCCAGACUGCUGUGAAACCGAGACUCAAACUUGUUUUGAUGGGCCAGACAAAUGGAGGGAAAACUAAGCUCAGGCAGUGCAUUGUAAGCAAACCGUUAGACGCUAAGACGAUAACCGGUGGUAGAGGGAUCGACGUGACGAACUGGGUAGCAGAUGCUCACCGCAGUCUUACCUUCAUCGUGUAUGAUCUAUCAGGGAAGCAGAAUUACGAACUCAUUAAACCGUUUUUCCUCUCGCCAUGCGCUCUGUACAUAGUGGUAGUGAAUUUAAAGUCGUACACGUGUAAGACUUUCUACUCCAGCGUAGGAUAUUUCCUCCACCUGCUCGGCGCUAAGGUGCCCCAUGCAGUGGUGUGUAUAGUGGGAACACACAUUGACCUCUGUGCUGAGGCAGAAUUGGAGGAAAAGUGCUUGGAUAUCCACAGACAGAUCUCUCUGCAGGAGAAGAGAGACACGGAGAGUCUGCGGACGCUUGCUAAGCAGGUGGACGAAGCCUUGGAACAGGAUUAUGACGUCAGGUCGUCAAGCCCACAUGUACUUUUUUACGGAGUCUCGGACAGGAACCUGAGACGUAAAAAAGCCCAGCUGCAGUACAUGCUGAACAACCGACUGCAGGUCCUGUCUCCGGUGUUUUGUGUGAGUUGCAUGGAGAUGCGAAAUAUCCAACGGUUAAAGGAGAAACUCAUGUCCGUCGCCGAUCACCGCGAUAUCUUUCCUAACCUUCACAGAGUGCUGCCGAAAUCGUGGCAGAUGCUGGAGGAGCUCCAUUUCAAGCCGCAGGACCUGUGGCUGUCGUGGUGGGACUCUGCUCGCCUGGGCCUGCAAGCGGGACUGACGGAAGACCGUCUGCAAAGCGCGCUGUCCUACCUACACGAGAGCGGGAAACUGCUGUACUUCGAGGACAGCAAAACACUAAAAGAAUUCGUCUUCCAUAAUCUGCCCCGGUUCAUCGCCGUCUUGAACGUCUUCUUUCAGAAGGACCGUACUGCCAUGCUGGAAAAAUUAAACUCCGAGAGAGACACUGACAAGAACGUCGCUCCAUCCCAAAUCCAGCACCACGUGGAAAGUUUUCUGCUGCAUGGUCUGCUGCCUUCCAACGUCAUCCGCCAGCUCCUCAAACCUCUUGUGCAGACACAGCAGGACUUGCACCUUAUCAUGGAGCUGCUUGAAAAGAUGGGGGUUUGCUAUUGCAUCAACAAACCUCGGAGCAGACCGCUGAACGGUGCGCCUGUAGUUUACAAGUUCCCCAGUCUGGUCAGCAGUCAGGAGCCCAGCACUGAACCCUGGCACAAUGGUGGCUCAUCAGCUCCUGGUCAGUUCUUCUCGGUGGAACACUUGCAGAUCGAGUAUAGCUUUCCGUUUCUCAUUCCUCCUGGACUUUUUGCACGGUUCAGCGUGCAAAUCAACAGCCACGUGGUGCAACGCACCGACGGAAAGGAUUACAUCUUUGCCUACCGGGGUAAAGUGCCUGUGAUGGUGAACCACCGGCCGUCUCGAAACAGACUGCACCCGGAGACUCUUGCCAUUUCUAGUCAUGCAUCUUUGCCAAAUAUCUGGACAGCUUGGCAGGCGAUUACCCCACUUGUAGAGGAGCUGAAUGUCCUUCUGCAGGAAUGGCCUGGUCUCCAUUAUUCUGUACAUAUCCUGUGUUCCAAGUGCCUGAAGCGAGGGUCACCCAACCCACAUUCCUUUCCAGGUGAGUUGCUGAGCCAGCCUCGACCCGAGGGCUUGACCGAGAUCAUUUGUCCUAAGAACGGCUCGGAGCGCGUCAACGUGGCCCUCGUCUACCCUCCCUCUCCCACUCUGAUCAGUCCCAGUCCCAAAUGACACAAACCUCCCUUCCAGCACAGCACAGUGACUGUAAACGCCCUCACACACCCUGCCGCACCUCUGUCUUCCCUUUAACACACACACACAGAACACUAGAUGGAGCUACAUCUGUUUGUAUGUGUGUGUGUUUGUGUGUGUGUGUGUGUCCUGUGUCCUCUCUCCUCUUCAUGUGUGCCCAGAAGGCAGCGGUUUGAUCGGAUGAGCCAGUGUGGAUACACACUCUCCGCCAUGUGUACACAUGAAGACAUGAAGAAUCCCACACACUGCAGUCGAUGAGCUCGUGCUGCUGGUUGUCAAAUAAAGAACAGUGUUAGAAACCAUGGAGCUGAGGUCUCAGGUCCCAGGAUGGGACGUCUCUACGGGAAGCUUAUCGUUUAAUCCGCUCGCUUUGCUAAACGGGGAGGAAUCCGGAGGAAAACACGAGGACAGGCUCUGUGCGGACGUCAUAUACUGGGUGCAGGAAGAAGGUUAUGCGCCUCGGAUGCCGAACGUCGAAAGAAGAGGUCACGGUGUUAUUAAAACGUGGACGGAGUCGAUGGAGGAUUGGGAUAAUCUGUUGUUCAAAUAAAUAAAUAAAUAAAUAAAUAAAUAAAUAAAUAAAUAAUCAUUGGUCCUGUAGAAAAAGUGGCUGCUGGUAGUGGAGUAGCUCGUGAGAGUUCUUUCACGGACGUUUUGAGAUGAAUGAAAUCAGUUUUAACAUAUCUGCGUAUCUUUCUUCUGUUCUGAUAUCCAGGUUCAACUGAAACCAGGACCAAAGCAGGACACUAUACCGAACUCCACAGGCUCGGAGUAGUUUUAUUUCUGUGGUGUGAUCGAGCGUACAUUCUCUUCACGAGUGCACUAGGCUUUACAUUUAGACACCGAAACAACGGCCUGAUAAAAUCUACAGACAGCAGAUUCUCUGUAGUACGUUUGUGGCUUUAAAUGUUUACACAGGCCGCGCGCUCACCGUCACUGACGCCGAACACCAUUUUGGACAGUACCGUAUUUUCUGGAAUAUAAGUUGCUCCAUACUCAAAUUCUGUCUGCUUAGUGUGUGUGUGGGGGGGGUUAAUAAACAGCACUGUGCAAAAGUCUCAGGCACUGUAGAGUUCGUUUAGCCUUUUAAAAAAAUAUUAGACGUUUAUGUCCUCUGCAUUAAUGUCAGAAGAAAAUUUCUGGUUUACAAAAUUCUUUUCGUCACCAUGUUAAAUAAAGCACUUUUCAGAUUAAAUUGUGUGAUCUUGUACGUGUAUAUGCGUCUAUCCGUCCGUUUUCUGUACGGCUUUUCCGACACGGUCACAGCGAGCGUGGAGCCUAUCCCUAGGAACUAUGGGGACUCCCUGGACGGAGUGCCAGUCUAUCCGCACACACUCACAUGCGCAUUCGGACACUAGAGACAGCUUAGAGAAGCCUACAAUGCAUGUCUUUUUAGACUGGGGAAGGAAACCGGAGUACCCGGAGAAACCCCUGAAUCACGGGAAGAACAUGCAAACUCCAUGCGCACAGGGUGGAGGUGGGAAUCGAACCCCUAACCCUGGAAGUGCGAGGCAAACGUGCUCUCUUCUGUACUGUUUUACGACAGUUAUAUAUAUAUUUUUUCUCCAUUUAGAAACUUCACACCGUAAUUUAAAUCGGUUCUCUACACGUGCCUAAGAUUUUUCCACCCUUACUUUGCUGUGAUGUUCAAGUGUCCUUCAUGUGCCGGGCAUUUUAUUAGACUUAAUAUUGUGUAAAUGUCGUGUUCAGUUCAACACACGUGCCUAAAAGUGCUUAGCUAUUGGAGAAUUCGGGAAAUCGCUUUGUUCUAGAAGUCCCAGCACCUGAUAUAAGAAGGGGGGAAUAAAAAGCGUCAUAUAGGUCAGAAAAUACGGUAAGAUGAAAUUAUUAUUAUUAUUAUUAUUAUUAUUAUUAUUUUUUAAAAGACACUCACGAGGCGUUUCUUGUCUUGCGCCACGUCCUCACAUUUCCCCCUUCCCUUCGCAAACACACAGCUAUGAGGUUCCAGUCUUUAGCCACUGAAAAAUAAACCCCCUGUAACUGUAAAACAGGAAUGUAAAGAAGCCAUGGAUUGCUGCCCGUAGCCUGAGCUAAAGGUUUAUCGUUGGUUUAUACACGUGUAACACAUCACCACUCGCUGUCUUGCGAGCCAGGCCAGGACAUGUUGUACAUAUCAUAAUAGACAGAGGUGUAAAUUUGCUGGUGUGGAGAAGGAAAAAAAGAAAACCUGUUUAUACACGCCCGUUUUAAAUAUCGCGUCGUCGUUCUUCUGGAAAAGGACAGAUCCUAUGAUAUGUAUAUUGUUUAUGAAGGCAGUUGAUGACACGUUUUUGUACAUAAUAAUUUUAUUUUUGUAUGCUGUCACCGAACUCGUAUGGUUUGCUGCACAUCGUGCAUGGCUACUGUGUGCUCAGCGUAGAGACUCCCGUGACUUACGAGCCCGUCAAGCUGUCCGAAGCACCGAAUGCAAAUAUUUGUUUUCAUACGGCUCAUGAAACAACUUCUUCUUGUUCUUCUUCCAGAGUGUUCAUGCUUUUUAUAUGCUUUACAGCCUCUAGGUCGUUUUUUUUUAUAUACUGGAAAUGACACUGGGGGAGGGGGGGAAAACUGCCUCAGUGUUUUUUAAAUUAUUAAAGAUUGUCCAUAUUUACAGACAAAACAGAUGUUUCCUGUAGUAAUAUAAUUACCAUAGCGUACAUUACGAUAACAUUCUCCAUAUUAAGGGAGUCAGCUUGGUUUAAAUGAAACGAGUUCAUACGUUCAGUACGGUGCAUCCAUGAUGUCCUGCCUACACCUCUUAUAGCCAUGUUUGGUGUCUGCUCAUGUUUUGGACUGGCGCUACAAGGCUAAUGUAGCAAUAGAAGUCCAUCUCAUCCAAUUUCUAAUGGGGUUUUGGGCACAGUGGGACUUCCUGCCAACUAGAAACGUGAAGUAAACUUCAGCAUGGUGGAACGUUAUAGAGGCAGACAUCUCAGACAUGUAGAAGUUCUUUUAUGGUCACCUCUGAAAGUUUCACCUUGAAACCUCAAGGUGUUUAUAGGUUCCGCCUUGAACUUAACAGAUUGAAUAUUUGUCUUAUUUUAUAAAGGUACAAGCGUAAUGGUGUUGUUUUUUUUAAGCAAGAUAAACAAGUAUUUCCAAUAGCAAAUGAGAAAUGUCCCAGUGAUUGCCCACAUACAGUACCAGUGUGGAAUGCUGGUGAUGAACUCCCCAGAAUCUGACUUCCACCACACGACCACAGCUCGGCCACAAUAAGACCAAACCUCAGAGCCGAGCUCUCACGUGGGCCACUUUCUGCUCGUAGGUCAAAUGCCAUGAAGUUAUCGGUUGCAUUUUCGACCCACUUUCAAAAUGCCAUUAAAACUUAACACCUCGCUGGUUAGAUUACAGUUUGGCUUUUAUGGGCCUGAACAUAACUCAAGUUGGCUAAAGAUUUGCGUGUGUAUUUUAAUUGAAGAAGAGUUUGGGUGAGACAGGUUUUCAUUACAUGUUAGCUUGAAGCAAUAGCCAGACACUAAAUAUGUCUGGUUUGGAAUAUUGUGUGUGUCCCUUUAACACCCCCCCCCCCCCCCCCCUUUUUUUUGGCUAUAGUCUUCUGUUGUAACUUUACACAAACUAGACAUUGCUAGUAUACAGCACGUUACAAACUUAUACAGUGGUGUCCUCUGUCAUGGUGUCCUCCACUGUCAAGUCUGUUCUUAAAGGGUAAAAAGGUCCGUCCUGUUCUUAUUGGGCCUCAUUAAACAAGCUGGAAAGAAACACGUUUAUUCAUCAGUCGUUCUCAGCAGCAUUUACACAAGAAAUAUGGUGUUCAUGAAAGUUCCUGAAGUUCCAUGCUUGAGUUUGAGUAAACUUACAUUCAGGGUCGGGAGGGUUACUGGAACAAUUUAUUCAGUUACAGUUACAAAUGACUUCAUAAAAAAAAAAAAAGUCAUCAGUAACGUAAUCCCAAGCAUCACAAUAUGAAAGUAAUGUAAUCGGGAUUGUUUUAGGAUUUCUUCAAGUUCAGGUAUGUAAAUAAAGUCCAGAGAAAUGCAACGUGAUCUAAGAUACUUCCUCGAUGAGGGUAACGUUACAUCACGAAAGCAUUUCAGAGAACAAUUUGUCUUGGUUUCAUUUGCAUGAAAUGUAUUAGCGCAUGCACCAGGAGGUUGCUCGUGUGAGUCACGACCGGCGAGAGAGAACCAGAACGCUAAUCAAGCAGCUGUCUGUAUUGUGUUAUGUCAAAAGAUACAUUUCUUUGGUUUUAAAUGUAAAAAAAAUGUAAUCUUGAUGGACAAAAUGUACCUGUAAUCUGAUUACUUUGUUUUUUGACGUAACCGUAACGGAUUACAGUUCCCAGAUUUUUGUAUCCUGAAUUAUUCAAUUACUCCAGAGCCAUGUCUCCCUGUAGUUUUUGGGUGGUGUCCCACUGAAGCUAAGCGGGGUUGAGCUUGGCCAGUACCUGGAUGGGAGACAUCUAAGGUUCCUGCUGGAAGUGGUAAAUGGUCUGCACUUAUUUAUAUAUAUAUAUAUAAUUAUAUAGGGCUUUUAUCCAAAGCGCUUUACACUGUCUCAUUCACCCAUUCACACACCAAUGGUAGCAGAGCCAUGCAGGGCGCUAACUUGCCAUCGGGAGCAACUUGGGGUUCAGUGUCUUGCCCAAGGACACUUCGGUAUGUGGUCCGGGACUCGAACCGACAACCCGCUCUACCACCUGAGCCACAGCCGCCCAUAGUGGUAUUAGUGAUGCCAGCAGGGGGCGCUCACCAUGUGUGGUCCGUGUGGGGCCUAAUGCCCCAGUAUAGUAAAGGGGACAAAAAUACUUUCGGAUGAGACCUUAAACCGAGGUCCUGAAUCUCUGUAGUCAUUAAAAAUCCCAGGACACUUAUGGUAAAAGUGUAGGGGUAUAACCCUACAUUUCUCCACUGGCCCUUCUCUAUCAUGGUCCCUUAAUAAUCCCCAUCUCUGAAUUGGCUACAUCACUCUCCUCUCCACUAAUAGCCGGUGUGUGCUGGGCGUUCUGGCGCACUAUGGCUGCCGUCGCAUCAUCCAGGUGGAUGCUACACACUAGUGGUGGUUCAGGAGACCCCCCCGCCCCACCCCCCAUACAAUGUAAAGCGCUGUAUAAAUCUAACUGCAACUUACUCCCUGAGCCUGCUUACAUAUAACUGAACUCAGUAAUGUCAGCCUCAACUGAUCAGCCUCAAAUGGUAUGAGUUACUUGGUGUUUAGUCACUAAAUGUGAAUCAGCAGAAUCUGACUGGCAUUUAUCGCUGUGCUCACGUGAGUAAAACCUUUGUAAAUCAUUUUUAGCUAGGUUUUGGCCAUAAACGUAUACACAAAGUCAGUUAUUUGUAUUGAGAAAUGAUGGCGCUAACGAUGAGCGUGUGAGAAAAAUCCCAUUUCCUAAUUACACAGAUCACGUAAACGUAUUGCCGCACAGGUAACAGCUGCUAACACGUUUUAUUAACAUGCACACGGCAACAAUAACCUGUAAUGGAAUCUUCUUUAUUAAACUGUAGACUACAUAACAAUGUGACAAUAUAACAUGCGGGAACAAAACAAAAUACUGCCUCGUACAUAAAUAAGGUGUUAGAAAUGUUAUACAACUCCAUAUAGGCGAUCUGCAUAUACACGACCAAAGAAAAAAAAAUCUGUAAAUACUUUAACAUCAACAAAAACAAAGCUGUUUAAAAAAAAAAAGUCCUAAAGGAGAAAAUAAGGCAAAUGAAUUGUACACACUGUCCCAUUUCCCCAAAUGUAGUCCCUCUGAGAGGACAUCAAACAUGUCUCAGCUGAGCAGCUACGUUUCUGAAAAGGGACAUUGUGUACAUUUGUCCAACUGCUGAAAGUGAACUCCUGCUGGGUUUGAGUCACAUGACCGGACUGACUCGAUCCACACACACACACACACGUUGCAUCCCACCACAUGUAGAGUAAAUAAUCCCAAUAUAAAAUGUCAGACGGGGCAUUAAAACAGGCCUGAGGUCCACGGCUGCAUGAAGACGCUGG